CGUGGAUACGGGCGGGGGGAGGGGCGGGGUCUGGAGGAAGCGGAAGUGUCAGCGCAGCCGGAAGUGGAUCUGCCCUGAACAGCGAGCAGAGCGGAGGACGAGAAACCCCAUCCUUACAGAACAAACCUCUCUUAACGCCUAAACCAUGGAUAAGAACGACCUGGUGCAGAAAGCCAAGCUGGCAGAGCAGGCCGAGCGCUACGACGACAUGGCGGCUGCCAUGAAGCUCGUGACGGAGCAGGGCCUGGAGCUCAGCAACGAGGAGCGCAACCUGCUCUCCGUCGCCUACAAGAACGUGGUGGGCGCUCGCCGUUCAUCCUGGCGCGUCAUCUCCAGCAUCGAGCAGAAGACGGAGGGGAACGAGAAGAAACAGCAGAUGGCCCGUGACUACCGCGUGAAGAUCGAGGCCGAGCUCCAAGAAAUCUGCCACGACGUGCUGAACCUGCUCGACAAAUUCCUCAUCCCCAACGCAUCUCAGGCGGAGAGCAAGGUGUUCUACCUCAAAAUGAAAGGAGACUACUUCAGAUACCUGUCGGAGGUGGCGUCUGGGAACUCCAAGAAGGACACGGUGGAGAACUCUCAGCAGGCCUACCAGGACGCCUUCGACAUCAGCAAGAAGGACAUGCAGCCAACGCACCCCAUCCGGCUGGGCCUGGCCCUCAACUUCUCCGUCUUCUACUACGAAAUCCUCAACUCGCCCGAGCAGGCCUGCUCCCUGGCCAAGCAGGCCUUCGACGAGGCGAUCGCCGAGCUCGACACCUUGAACGAGGACUCAUACAAAGACAGCACGCUGAUCAUGCAGCUACUAAGGGACAACCUGACUCUGUGGACAUCAGAAAACCAGGGAGACGAGGGUGAAACCGGCGACGGAGAGAACUAGAGCCGCACUUCACUGUUAACCCAUCCCCACAUUCUUCUUCUCCCCCCCUUCCUCCUCCUCCUCCUUUUAUCUCCUCCUCUUUCUUGUCUUUUUCCUCUCUUUCUCUCUCUCUCUUCGUACACAUAAAAAGCCCGUUCAUUCCCUCGUCCCACUUUUUCAAGCCCAGCCUCCCGACUUCCCUUCUGUAUAACCAACAGCAUGAAUUAGUCCCUGAACUUCACAGACGAGAGAAAAAAAAAAAAGAAAAAGAAACUGGGAGGAAAGGAAUAGUGCUCCAUCACCCCUGCCAUUACUCCUCUCUCUUCCUCUCCCUCCCCUCAUCCCUCCAUCCCUCCAUCAUGGCACUCCAGUGUAGGCCGGCAGAAUAAAACCAGCGGCACCGACGUUGGGAGGGUUUUUAUCCCCGAGGAAAAACAUCUCACCCUCCAGUUUUCCCCGUCCUGGUCUAAUCUCUCUCCUCCAUUCCCUCCCUCCCUCCUUCCCUCCCUCCUUCCUAACAUCUCAGUACGUUCUCACCCUCCUCUCCCCCCUUUAACGUCUCUUCUCUAGUGAGUUGAUGCAUUUAUAUAGUUGUCCAUUCCUUCUCUUUUUGGCUUUUCUUAGUGUACUGGCAGAAAUGGCUGGUUUUAUUCCACUUUAAACAAAACAAAAAAGGUUAUUAAACUGUCCGUUUAUUUUCAACAAA